GGCUAUACUGGACUCUCAUCAUAAACAAACAGUGCUCCCCCGUUGUAUAUGUGACCCUUUCGCUCUGCGUAGCUAGUAAGCGAGCACCUUUUUCAGCACACAACAAUGGCGGAACCUAAAACCAAGUAUGACCGUCAGCUAAGGAUAUGGGGUGAUCUUGGGCAGGCUGCUCUUGAGAAAGCAAAUGUUUGCCUGCUCAAUUGUGGUCCAACUGGAUCUGAGACAUUGAAAAAUCUUGUUCUUGGUGGAAUUGGAAGUAUCACUGUAAUUGAUGGAUCCAAAGUUGAAGUGGGUGACCUUGGAAAUAACUUCAUGAUCGAAGAAGCUAGUGUUGGGCAAUCGAAGGCAAAGUCUGUAUGUGCAUUUCUUCAAGAGUUAAAUGAUGCUGUUAAAGCCAAGUUUAUAGAAGAGUAUCCUGAUAGAUUAAUCGAGACAACCCCAUCUUUCUUCUCUCAGUUUACCUUAGUGAUAGCCACCCAGCUGGUGGAAGACUCGAUGGUGAAGCUGGAUAGAAUAUGUCGUGAGGCUAAUGUUAUGUUGAUAUUUGCACGUUCCUAUGGUCUCACUGGGCUGGUCCGGAUCAGUGUGAAGGAGCAUACAGUGAUUGAAUCAAAACCUGAUCAUUUUCUUGACGAUCUCAGACUAAAUAAUCCAUGGCCUGAGCUGAGGGAGUUUGCAGAAUCUAUUGAUUUAGACAAUUCAGAUCCUGUUGUCCAUAAACACACACCAUAUGUAGCGAUUCUUGUCAACAUGGCGGAUAAGUGGACCUCAACUCAUAGUGGAAAGCUUCCAUCGACUAGAGAAGAAAAGAAAGAAUUCAAGGAGCUUAUUAGAUCGAAGAUGAUUGAAAUGGAUGAGGAUAAUUAUAAAGAAGCAAUUGAAGCCUCUUUUAAAGUUUUUGCUGUGCGGGGAAUAAGCUCCAACAUCACACGAAUAAUCAAUGAUAAUUGUGCUGAAGUUGAUUCUAGUUCAUCAGAUUUUUGGGUGAUGGUUGCUGCUUUGAAGGAGUUCAUUGCUAAUGAAGGUGAUGGAGAGCCACCUCUUGAGGGAUCAAUACCUGAUAUGACUUCUUCUACCGAGACAUAUGUAAACUUACAGAAGAUAUACCAGGCUAAGGCUGAGGCUGAUUUUCUAGUUGUUGAGAAGCGAGUAAGAAAUAUUUUGGAAAAAAUUGACAGAGAUCCAGGUAGCAUAUCAAAGUCAACUAUAAGAAGCUUCUGCAAAAAUGCCAGAAAACUCACUGUAUGCAGAUACCGUCCCAUUGAGGAAGAGUUUAACUCUCCAUCUCAAUCAGAGUUGCAAAAAUAUCUUACAGAUGAAGAGUACAGGUAUCGGGAUAACUCUGCUGAGUGCUACCAAAAUUUUGCUGUGGGAUUCUAUAUACUGCUUAGAGCUGUAGACCGUUUUGCUGCUAACUAUAAUACUUUCCCGGGACAACUUGAAGGGGAGUUGGAUGAUGACAUAUCAAGAUUGAAAACUAUAGCGGUUGGCCUACUUGGCGAUUUAGGCUGUAACGGAUCAACUUUGUCCGAAGACCUUAUAAAUGAAAUGUGUCGAUAUGGUGCCGCUGAACUCCACACAGUCGCCGCAUUUAUUGGUGGAAUUGCUUCACAGGAAGUUAUCAAGCUAAUCACGAGGCAAUUCAUUCCAAUGCUGGGUACUUUCGUCUUCAAUGGCAUUGACCACAAGUCCCAGUUGUUAUCUUUGUGAUAGUUACAAAAGUGCAACCUUGAAGAA